AUGGUGGUCCCUCACGUGACAUUGGAAAACUACCUCGGCAGGCACGACGAUACCUCUUCGGCAGGACCGCAAACAUACCUGGUAAGAAGUUGCGAGAUGUCGAUUGACAAGGCUCCUAAAGCUCCUCACUUCAACGUCACCUCACCAGCACCAUAUGUUGUCCACAUCGAAAUCAACAGGCCAGCCAAGCUGAAUGCCUUCUACAACCCCAUGUGGUACGAGCUAAAAGGGCUCUUCGACUUCUUCUCACAUGAUCCGGAAACUAGGGCAAUUCUGAUAUCCGGCGCCGGAGACCGUGCAUUCACUGCUGGGCUCGACGUUCAAGCAGCCUCUGAUCCAUCCAGCUCGGCACUCUCUUCCACAGGCCAUUCAGAUGCAAGUCGUAAGGCCACACACCUAAGACGACAUAUCCUCGAGCUUCAAGACGUCAUAAGCACGGUGGCUCGAUGCGAGAAGCCCACCAUUGCCCUGUUACAUGGUUACACCUAUGGUCUUGGCAUUGACCUGAGCAGUGCGUGCGAUAUCAGGUUUUGCGCCACUGACACCAAGUUCUGUGUGAAGGAGGUAGAUAUUGGUCUGGCUGCAGAUGUUGGCACGCUAUCGAGGCUGCCCAAGGUCAUCGGUCUGACGUCGUUCUGCAAGGAGGUUUGUCUCACGGCUCGACCUUUUAGCGCAGAUGAAGCCUUUCACAACAAUUUUGUCAGCAAGGUCGUUUCGGGUGGAAAGGGACAACUUGUUGAAGCAGGUCUGGAGCUUGCCAAGCUUAUAGUGACGAAGAGUCCUGUCGCGGUCCAAGGCACCAAGAAUAUUCUCGAUGCUGCUUGGGGAAGGACGGUCGAAGACAACUUGAACUAUACCGCUGUGUGGAAUGCCGGUAUGCUGCAAAGCAGUGACGUGGAACGAGCCAUGCUCAGUGGUCUGCGGCGAAAGACGCCUACGUUCGAAAAGUUAUGA